UAUACUGCCACAUGCUAGCUAUCAGGUACACAGGCAAGCUGCUAAGGUUAGGUACAUGGAGGCACUCCAUGAAAUUAGCGUACAUGCCACUAAGCCAGACUCCACUAAAAUUUUCUAUCUCAAUGUUCGAAUUUCACAUGAACCAGUUGGCAUCCUUCUGCAAUCAAGCAAAACCCCCCGAGUUCUUGCAUCUCAUUGUAUAAUACUGCUUGAACCAGGAUAUUCCGGGCAACUACGGACUGCAACAUGCCUCCUCAGGGGAAACAGCUGGCGCUUCCAGCAUCGUUUCUGAAGGAGAUCGGCGCUCAACCGCAAUCUGGUGCUGGCGGUGGUAAGAGACGCCAGCAGUUUUCGAGAAAGGAGCAACGGAAAGCAUCAAGAGUGCAAAAGAAGCAGGUCCACAGAACGCCAAACCGCCAGAAUGCAUCACAUCCCGCAACGGCCAAAUUGAGGACGCCCCCAGUGCCUGUAAAGGCAAAACAACCCUCAAAGCCGAUGCGCAUUGUCAACCCCGAGGAUGACGAUGACAGCAUUCAUGAAUCUGACUUUGAUAUGGAUCUGGAUGAAGAUGACUUCGAGGAGGACGACGAGGAUGGUAUGGAGGACGGCGAGGAAGAGGAGUCGGCUGAUGAACUCGUGGAUGAUGCGCCUCAAGCCUCAAAAUCAGAUCGCAAAAAGCUGGGUAAAGAAGAUGCCGAGAUUGCCGCGCUGGAGAAGAAACUAGGGCUGAAGAAGGGCAAAAAAUCAAAGGUCGGCGAUGACGACGAUGGUCUCGAUGGGUUGCUUGGUGAUUUAGACGGCAGUGGGGAUGAAGUCGACGAGGAGUCGGCGGUGCGAAGCAAGCGGAAGGCAGAGGCCGACGAAUGGCUGGCGCAAAAAAGGAGGAAGGCCAAUGCUGCUGCAGCAGCAGCAUCGAAAGCAAACCGUGGGAAACCCAGUCAUUCUAGCGACGAGGACGACUUUUCCGUGGACGGAGAUGGUGGAGAUGGGCUAUCUGACCUAGGAAACUCAGAUUACUCAGACGACGAGAUGGAAGGCGGCAGCGACAAUGAUGAUGCUUUCGGCGGCUUCUCAGAUGAUGAUGAUGAUGAUGACGACGAGUCUAUUGCUGCUCCUCGACAAAGGGAAAACCCCUACGUUGCUCCUACAACAAACGUAGCCAAGUACGUGCCCCCUUCUCUUCGAAAGCAGGGCCAAUCCAUGGACGAAGUAGACGCACAGCUGCGUAGGCGUGUGCAGGGUUUGAUCAAUCGACUUACCAACGAGAACAUGCUUGGUAUACUCAAGGAUUUCUCCGGUCUCUACGAUAACUUUCCGCGACAAAGUGUUACCUCUGCCUUGGUCAACCUUCUCAUCACUUUGGUCUCCUCUCCCGAGCCACGACCAGGCAGUUUCUUCACCAUGAUUGCCGGUUUCAUAGCAGCCGCAUACAAGGCGUUGGGCGUUCACGUAUCCGCCAAUCUCGUACAGAAGAUAGUUCAGGUCUUCAGGGAACACUACGAUCAAGCAUCUGGUAACCAGUCAGAUGCGGGCACGAAACAUCUCAUAAUCCUUCUUUCGGAAUUGUACAACAUGCAGGUCGUUGGUGCAAGACUAAUCUUCGACUACGUCCGUUUGUUCCUGGUAAAGCUUUCCGAGCUUAACACGGAACUCCUUUUGAGGAUCAUCCAAACAUGUGGUCCGUCGUUGAGGCGCGAGGAUCCACGAGCUUUGAAAGAGAUUUUGGGCCUCAUCAAGCCUGCCGAUCUGAAGAAUGCCUCCGUACGAACGAGCUUUAUGAUGGAAGAGAUGAGAAAUCUCGGAACCAACAAAUCCAAGGCUGCUAGUCUCAACAAAGAUCUAGCUGAGAUGCGCACACAGAUCAGGAAACGCAUCGGUACUCUGAGCGGGAGCCGCGAGAUCCAACCCCUGAAUGUAGGACUCAAGGAUAUCGAGAACGCGGACAAGAACGGACAGUGGUGGGUCGUCGGUGCGAGCUGGUCUGGAAAUCGCGAAAAGGAGACCAAAGCAGAGAGUACCGACGAGGUGGUUGACGACACGGCAGAUUUUAUCGAUAACGAUGACCUAGGGAUCCCCGAUCUCUGGCAGCUGGCGAAAGCGCAGGGCUUCAACACAGAGGUCAGGCAACAGAUCUUCGUGGCUCUACAUUCUGCUACGGACUGCCAGAAUGCAGAGCUCCUGUUACGGAAGCUGCGCCUGAACAAAUACCAGCGGAAGGAAAUGCCCGAGGUCAUUGUCCGGAGUGGUGAAGGCCAGGCAGAGUUUAACAAAUACUAUUGGCUUGUAGCAAGUCGUUUCUGCGGCGACCGCGAGCUUGCCUUUCAGUUCAAGAGGUGCUUGACGCAGAGGUUCAAAAAGAUGGGCGAGGAUGUUGACAUUGACGACUUUGAUGACGAGGAUGAAGACUAUGACACGCGCCGCGUUGUUAACGUAGGCAAAUUCUACGGCAACCUGGUCGCUAACCGGAGCUUGGGGCUGGAUCUUCUCAGAUAUCGGAAUCUUGCUGCUUUACAAGAGAAGGCGCAGUGGUUUACAGAAGUACUGCUCAUCACCGUACUACUCGAAACGCCAGACGAUGAUGCCUUGAAAAAGAUAUUCGGCGUCCUCGACGCGGAUCUAGCGACGGGUGUUCACUACUUCCUCAAGAAGUAUAUCAGGAAGACGGAUAUCGUCAAAGGUGACGAGAAGAAGAGGCUCAAGAAGGCAUUUGCCACUGCAGAUGGUAUUCUACAGGCGUCGCUGUCCACUACAGCAGAAUAGCCGUCGAUGCGAACCAUAGGAUAGGGUGCGUUGGAGCAUGAAUAAUAAUACUGUCAUCAACCCGUUGUUUUAGCAGGCACCUCAGCAGUCUGCCACGAAUAAUGCGGGUCAAGAUGGACAACGGGGAUUAGCGUUGCCGUCUCCCUAUGUAUGUAUGUAUGUAUGCAUGUAUGUAUGCAAUUCCUGCUGGUUACACGCUUGAGCAAGGCCUUGUCCAACUCGGCAUGCACAGGUCCUGUCUAUCCCAAGUGUCUGCCAGCUCAAAAGAACAGCUCCAUCUGAUUACAGCGAAGACGUUGUCAUUUGGCGAUGCAUAUAGAAUACACAGGAACCUUUUUACUAGUCUGGUAACCUUGGUUGUUGAGCCGGCUCUUUCCGGGGGCGAUAGUAGUUACGCGAAGAUGGGGCGGCUGCAUUGUCA